AUGCAAGCAAGUACCGGGUCUUCUCGACUGGGUCUUCCGUCUUAUAACUGGUGGAAUGAAGCACUUCAUGGGGUAGGCAUCUCCGAGGGUGUGGACUUUGGUGUGAGCUUUUCCAUUGUCAUCGAGGAUCCUGUGGGAGAGUACCCAUCCGCUACUUCAUUUGCUACGCCUCUGCUACUCGCCGCUGCCUUUGAUGAUGAGAUGAUCUACCAGGCUGGGCUCGACUUCUGGACUCCGAACGUCAACCCAUACCGCGAUCCGCGCUGGGGCCGUGGCUCUGAGGCACCUAGAGAAGACCCGAGACAAAUUAAGGGAUAUGCCGAGAAUUUUCUUCUUGGACUUGAAAGAAACCACAGCUCCUCCAUUAAAAAGACACUGGCAACCUGCAAGCACUACGCUAGAUAUGACCUGGAAACAUGGGGCGGAUACAGUCGCUACGCCUUCAAGGCAAACAUUACAAUGCAGGACCUUGUUGAGUACUAUUUGCCCCCAUUUCAACAAUGUGCUCGUGACUCUAAAGUCUCUUCCAUGAUGUGCUCGUACAAUAUGGUAAACGGCAUCCCGGCCUGUGCCAACUCAUACCUCAUAAACCGCAUCCUGCGACAGCAUUGGAACUGGACGGCCUCAUCAGUAUGUGGUCACAGAUCGUGGCCUUGUGAAUGA